UGGGCCUGGCUGGGGCCCAAGGGAGCCAAGUGGCCCAAGUGGCCCGGGCGCCUCCCUGAGAAAGGCAAGCCAUGGCCCCAGUCCCUGGAGGAGGCUGCUGCUGCUGGUGGGGACUGUGCCUCCUGCUCUGGUGCCUGCUGCUGCUGCCGGACUCUGGGGCAGAUAUUCACUAUGCAACUGUGUAUUGGAUGAGAGCUGAAAAGUCCUUCCAGGUUAAAGACGUAUUGGACAAGAAUGGUGAUGCUUAUGGCUACUACAAUGACACUGUACAUUCCACUGGGUGGGGGGUUCUUGAGAUCAAGGCUGGCUAUGGGAGCCAGGCCCUCGGCAAUGAGGACCUCAUGUAUGCUGCUGGCUACUUGGAGGGCUAUCUCACUGCUUCACAUAUGUGUGAUCAUGUUGCAAACCUUUAUCCCCAGAUGAUUAAAAAUCUUGUUGUUGAGAGAGAAGUUAAAGAUUUCAUGAGGAAACAAGACCAGUGGACCAGGCAACAAAUUAAAAAUAACAAGGAUGACCCAUUUUGGAGGCAUGCGGGGUACAUUAUUGCCCAGUUGGAUGGGCUGUACAUGGGGACUGUGGAGUGGGCUAAACGAGAGAAAAGAACACCUCUCACUGCCUUUCAAGUCAGUUUCUUGAAUGCAGUUGGAGAUCUCCUCGACCUGAUUCCUGCCUUAUUUGCAGAUAAAGCAGAGGCCAACUGUCAUAUAUUGCCAAUAGGCUCGCAGCGAUACCAAUGGGACAUGGGUCAUUGCUCAGCUCUGAUCAAGGUUCUUCCUGGAUAUGAGAAUAUCUACUUUGCACAUUCUAGCUGGUUCACAUACGCAGCCACUUUGAGAAUAUAUAAGCACUGGGACUUCAGGAUUGAUGAUCCACAAACAAGCACAGGCCGAGCUUCAUUCAGCAGUUACCCAGGUUUUUUGGUAUCCCUGGAUGACUUUUAUAUACUUGGCAAUGGCUUGAUCAUGUUGCAGACCACCAACAGUGUUUACAACUAUACUCUCCUGAGACAAAUAGUACCCGAGAGUCUCUUUGCAUGGCAGAGAGUCCGCAUUGCCAACAUGAUGGCAGAGUCUGGAAAGUCCUGGGCACAGAUUUUUGAAAAGGAAAACUCUGGUACCUAUAAUAACCAGUACAUGGUCUUGGAUACAAACAAGGUCAAAUUGCAAAAGAGUCUUGAUGAUGGAACUCUCUAUGUCAUUGAACAGAUUCCGCAACAUGUGGAAUAUUCUGAUCAGACAAAUGUUCUCCGAAAAGGAUACUGGCCUUCCUACAAUGUCCCUUUCCAUGAAAAUAUCUAUAAUAUGAGUGGCUAUGUUGAGUAUGUUAAGAAAUAUGGAUUGGACUUUUCUUAUGAAAUGGCUCCCAGAGCAAAAAUCUUCCGACGGGACCAGGGAAAAGUUGUAGAUAUGGAGACCAUGAAAUACAUCAUGAGAUACAACAACUACAAAAAGGAUCCCUAUGCAAGGAACAAUCCUUGUAAUACUAUUUGCUGUCGAGCAGACCUGAAUCUCAAGACUCCAGUUCCAGCUGGUUGUUAUGACUCUAAGGUGGCAGACAUCAAUAUGGCUAUGAAGUUUACAGCUUAUGCCAUCAAUGGCCCACCUGUGGAGGAAGGCCUACCCAUCUUCAACUGGAGCCGUUUCAACCAGACAAAACACCAGGGCUUGCCAGACUCAUAUAAUUUUGAUUUCAUCACUAUGAAGCCAGCUUUGUGAAAAUACAACCAGAAAUUUAACUGAAUGGUGUGUGUGUGUGUCUGUGUAUGUGAGGAGAUUUUCUCAUUACUUUUACUGCCUACCAAAUAAAUUGGCCUGUACACACCUUA